CUAGAUUUAUGAGUUUCUAAUUCAAUUUCGUGCUACCGAAAGCUUUAAGCUUUGAGCUGCAAAGUGAGAGCUUUGUUUGUAAAAGCGUAGAUUCUCAGUGUUCUGCUAACUGGGUAAGCCUAAAUUUCUCAGUUUUUUCUAGUUUCGGUUUAGUUUAUGUGAUUUGAAGAGAUUUUUAUAGGUUUAAGUGAAGUUUUGAUAAAUUUUGUGAGUAAUCUUGUCAAAGAUCCGAUUUUUGUGUCGAAUUUAAUAUCUGAGAUAUGUGGAAUUACUGAACUGUAGUGGUAAUUUGAUAGAAAGGUUGUGAAUUUCUGUACUGAGUGGAUUUAGAUUUUUGAGUUGUGUUUUGUUGUUGAAAGGCAAGCAAGAUAGGUAUUUGGAGUGUUUUAGGAUAUUGGGUGAGUGUGACUGUGUGAAUUAGGAGGAAUUAAGAUGGGUGAGAAGCUUUGGGUGAAUGAAGAAGAAAAGGCCGUAGUGGAGUCAGUACUGGGUACAGAAGCAUGCCAGUUGUUGAUCUCAUUGGCUUCGGAGAACUUGUUGUCCGACUUGGCUAGGCCUCCAGGACAAUUGGGUGUGCAGCAGGGGCUGUCCCAGCUUGUCCAAGGGUCCAGUUGGAAUUAUGCUGUCUUCUGGCAGGUUGUUGGAUUGAAAUCUGGUGGAGCCGCCUUGAUUUGGGGCGAUGGACAUUGUAAAGAUACCAAGGGUGGUGGAGUUGGAGACGAGAGCUCUACUAGGGAUGGCAACUUGGAGGGAGUGCAGAAGAAGAAUGAAGAGGUGAGGAAGUGGGUGCUUGGGAAGCUCCACUCAUGUUUCGGUGGUUCGGGUGAGGAUAACUAUGCAAGGAGGUUGGAUAGGUUGUCUGAUGUGGAAAUGUUUUACCUGACUUCAAUGUACUUUAAAUUUCAACUUGAUUCACCGUAUGGUCCUGGGGAGUCGUACAAGUCUGGUAAAUCAAUUUGGGUUUCGAACGUUGCUAGUUGCUUACAUCAUUACCAGUCGAGAUCGUUUUUAGCUAGAUUGGCAGGGUUCCAAACAGUUGUGUUUGUACCCAUGAAAUCAGGAGUUGUGGAGCUUGGUUCAGUCAAAUCAAUUCUGGAAGAACAGAAUGUUGUGGAUAUGGUCAGAAGUGUAUUUGGGGUUCCUAGCUCUGUCCAGGCAAAGAUAUAUCCAAAGAUUUUCGGGCAUGAGCUUAGUCUCGGUGGUCCAAAACCACAACCGAUAAACAUUGCCUUCUGCCCAAAGGUUGAAACAGACUCUUCAUUUCCUUCAGAAUCUUUUGACUUACAAGCAAUAGGCACUUCAAAUGGAUGUCGCACUGAGGAUAGUGAAGUUAAACUGUUUCCACACUUGAGCCAAAUUAUGGGUGGGAAUUUCAGUUCUACAGCUGGUGUUUCAAGUUCAGAGCUGCCUAAAGACGAGUCAUCAGCACAAAUUGAUGAAAGGAAACCUAGAAAGAGAGGGAGAAAGCCUGCCAAUGGAAGAGAAGAACCCUUGAAUCAUGUGGAAGCAGAGCGGCAGAGGCGUGAGAAGCUUAACCAGCGGUUCUACGCACUUAGAGCUGUUGUUCCCAACAUAUCAAAGAUGGAUAAAGCCUCUCUCCUUGGUGAUGCCAUUACCUAUAUCAAUGAUCUACAGACGAAGAUCAGGGUCAUGGAAACUGAGAAGCAGAUGGGAAGCAGCAGCCACAUGCAGUUCCCGAUUCCAGAGAUUGAUUUCCAGGAACGACAAGAGGAUGCUGUUGUGACGAUGAACUGCCCACUGGGUUCUCACCCUGUUUCUGAUGUCAUCAGAACACUUAGGGAACAUAGCAUUGUAGCUCAAGAUACUAAUGUGUCCGUAACAGAGGAUGACACUGUUAUUCAUACAUUCUCCAUUCCAACCCAAGGUGGUGAUGCCGAGCAGUUAAAGGAGAAGCUGGUGGCUGCUCUUUCAAAAUCAUCCGUGUAAAUUGAUGUUUACUAACUGAAGGAACUGGACUGAACCAAUGUAAGAACACACUGUUUGCUGCUCAAGUUUGCUAGCGUGUAUUUGAUUUGUUCCAAACUCGGUUCAACCUUCAAACCACAACUUAGUCAAUGUCGAAUGAGCAGGGAGGUAGGCGCAACAAGUCAAAGACAUAUCCAAUUAAAAUUGCAGAGCGCCCGCCUAUAUAAGUAGCUCUUCCCCUCCAAACUCAAACAUCAUUCAUUUCCUACUUCAUUUUUGUACAUUCAAAACUGGUAAAGGAGAAAGAGCAAACAGAGAUUGUUAGAAAAACCUGCAACAAAAACAUACAUUGAUUCCAUUCCUUUCGAUUCCGAAACAAGACAAUGAGGUCGUCUACGAAGAGAUGCUUGUUCGCGAUUCUUUUGAUUUGCAUAGUGUUGCUCUCCUGUGCACAACUUGGAGAAAUGAGGCACCUGAGAGCAGAAGAAUGGGCAAAGAACAAUGGUCUGCGACUUGUGUUGGAGUCCCUCCAAAAAGGUCCAACCCCUGCCGGAGUAGGCAAUUGUUGCUCCAACAUCCCCGGUCGAUGUCCACCCGGUUCUAAAUGCUAAAUAGCAAUGAGACUCACAUCAGCUGUAACCAUCUUCAACUGUGACGUUUAUGUAGCUAGUGAUUCCAUUUUUUGCUUUUGUAUUUUUUGGCUUCUG